UUACUAUAUGCUCAUUUCCCCCAUCAAAGCAAAGCAAAGCAAAUCAUCCGUUUGUGCCUUCCUAUCCAUGCAAUGAACAACCUCAAGCUCAAAGGCUAUGGCUUCAACCCCUCCGAGCAAAUCCUCAUCGGCUAUCUCCGAGAACGAACAACCUCCGGCCGUGAUUACUUGGUCCAAGACAUCAUCGACCUCAGUCACGAUAUUUGCAGCUAUGAUCCAUGGGAUCUACCUGGUUGUGAUUCGAUCACACCAAAUGAUUCGGAACGGUUUUUUAUUUACCCUAAAACGUAUAAGUAUGCAAACAGUACGUCCAAAGUGAUCGGUAUUCCUACAAAACAAGUACCGAACAGUGAUCAACGGCAGCCGAUGAUAAAUCGAGCUACCAAGAACGGAAAGUGGAAAGUCUCGGGGGUUCGAGUUAACGUCAAGUCUAGUGAUGAAACUAAACAAGUGAUUGGUAUUAAGACAAAGUUGUAUUUCAAGCACAAUAAUUGCCCAAACAAAACAUCAUGUGUGUUACAUCAGUUCGAACUUGUUGAUAUUGAUCCUUGCCAAGAUAAAUAUUUUCUUGGUAAAGUGAUAAUGAAAGAAUUUAAGCCAACCAAUAUUUCAAGUAACAAUUUAAACGAUCGGAUUUCAAUUCCGGAGGUUCGAGUAGAACUUGGUCCGGAGCCAUUAGUUGAAACAGAAGUCACUAAUGAGUACGAGUGGACUCAAAGUGAACAAACUAAUGAAUUUAUAACACCAUAUCUGGUUUUCGACAAUGAGAACUCUAUUGAUGACGGGAAUGAAGUGAUCUCCAAUUACCAGUCACAAAUUAGAGUAGAACUCGGUUUAGAGCCAUUAGUUGAAAUCGAAGUAGCUAAAGAGUACGGAUGGACUCGAGGUGAACAAACUAAUGAAUUUAGAACUCCCUGUCCGGUUUUCAACAACGAGAACUUUAUUGAUGAUGGUAAUGAAGUGAGCUCUAAUCACCAGUCACAAAUAAAUAUGGAGCAAAUUAGAAGCUUGGAAGUACCUAAUAUAGGUAUUGAGGAUCAAAAUCAAUCAUACCAGAAUAUUGGGAUCGAUAUUAAUGAUCCAACAGUCCCCGAUGAAGGAAGCAAUCAACAAAAUAUAGUUGCAGUUGCAGAGAAUGAAAGCUCAAUCUUGCCUUCUAAUUUACAUAACCUUCUAAUAGAUAUUAUAUUAUAUUUUAUAAAUCAAAUAGAAUGGUCCGACUUAUACAAGUUAUGCCGCUUUAUUGACCAGCAACGUGCUGCUGGUGCUGAGAUAGAGUUCCCCAAUUUGCCCCCUUUGGAUGUGGCUGAAUCUUCCUACUCGACGGAUUCAGUCCGUAAAAGAUCAGCCAUGGAGGUUGAAAGAUUAGCCACCGGUGUAGAAACUGAAUUGGCUCAACAACAAGCAAAGAGAAGUAGAUUAUAAAGUUCGAGUUGCUUGUCUCCCGAAUUUGAUUAGUGCUUAUAAGUCGUAAUGUUAGACCCAUCGUCUUAUAAGUUAAUUUUCGAGGUUGGGUUUAUGUUUAUUUGACUUGGAAUCCUAUCUAGGCAUAGGUAUUUAUAUCGAAAAGAUUUUAUGCGUUGCUUGUAUUACAAGUUAAGUUUUGAGGUCGUGUGUUUAAUAUAUGUUUCAACUAUAUAUUUGGACAUCUAUAAUAGCAAGUGCGGCUUGCUUGAUAUGUUUUUCUUUUUAUGUUGAUUUCAGAAGUUAUAGCAUGUAAUUUCUUGA